AUGGCGGAAUCACUUCUUUUCGGCUUCGCGGAAUCGCUCCUACGGAAGCUUGCCACUGCUGCCGUUCAAGAAGCUUCUUUGGGGCUUGGUGUGGAUCGCCAGCUACAACAGAUGAAAGCAACUACGGCACUCAUCAAAGCUGUGCUGUUAGAUGCAGAGCAGAAGAAUCCGCAUAGCAGUGCACUGAGCGAAUGGCUAGUUCAAGUCAAGCACAUGUUUUCUGAGGCUGAAGAUAUAGUCGAUGAUUUUGAGUGCGAAGCGUUGCGGAAGCAUGUUGUCAACACCUAUGGUGGCUCCUCAAGGAAGGUACGCCGAUCCUGCGAGAUGGGUGGUUGUCCUGCAUUAUCCAAAAGAUUCCACCCUAUAAUUGGAUACGAUUGGCACAGAAUAUCACACGUAAAAAAAGUUUAUAUUGGUAGAUCCUUGUAG